CACUACGAAAAGUCAAAACAGAAGUUUUUGAAAAAAUAAGAUGAGAUUCACAGACAUGAGUAGACAUCACUUCAAUUUCUUGAGAUAAUUUCUUGGAAAUGUGAGAUGAAAUUCACAAACAUGAGUAAGCCUCACCUUGAUUUAGGAUCAUCGGUAGACCUCAAAAUCUUAAAUUGUCAGACUGAUGAUGCAAAUAGCAAUGCACAAACCUCCAAUCUUAGCCAUACCCAAAAAGCAAAAAAAUAAAAAAACUAAAAUGGUCCAUAACGUGGCAAGAGCCGUACUGGUUAUAUAAUUAAAAAAAUAGAAUAAAGUCAAAGAAAAUCCAUAAAAGUGAGGAGAAAGACUGAGAAAAACAAUAUUUAUUGGAGUACGUGCCAGGUUGGAACUGCCUUUAUGGGCUUCAGCAAAAUCUGCCCUGUGUUUAUCUCUGUCUACCUCCUCCAGCAACAUGUGCCAUUUUUUCCCUCUUCUAUUUCUGAUAACCACACUCUGAAAAUUCAUAUUAAAAUCAAGAGAGAAUCAUUUCCUCCUUGAAGAUAAGAACUACCAAAUCCUACAAAAUCCCAACUGGGUUUUCUUCUUCAGGCACAAAAACAGAGAGAGAGAGAGAGAGAGAGAGAGAGAGGCAGAGAGAAGAAAAUAUGUUGGAAGGCAAAGCUUUCGUGGAGGACACAGACAUGCCAGUGAAGAUGCAGAUGCAGGCCAUGGCUGCUGCUUCUCAAGCUCUGGAUCUUUAUGAUGUCUUUGAUUGCAGAUCCAUCGCUGCCCACAUAAAAAAGGAGUUUGACAUGAGAUAUGGGGGCGGUUGGCAAUGUGUGGUGGGCUCAAACUUUGGGUGUUUCUUCACUCAUUCAAAAGGAAGCUUCAUCUACUUUACACUUGAGAGUCUCAGCUUCCUUAUCUUCAAGGGGGCUUCUUCUCCUUCCUCCUCACCCGAAGGCUAACGCAGUGUUUGGCAGAAAAGAAAAGAAGUUGGAGAUUCAGAAAGGCUGUACAUGUUGCUUUUUUGUUUCCUUUUUUUUUUGGGUUUUUCUGGUUUUCCUGAACUGGGUGGGUUUUGCAAUGGUGAUGUUUAGGCUAGGCUAUGCUAGGUAGGUACUGUUUUUUUGUGAUCAAGUGCUUUGUAAUGUUUUUCUAUGCAAUGCAAUGUGAUAUAGCUUUUAGCUUUUUUUAUUUAU